GCUGAAAAUCCGCUAUUAAAUUUUGCUGAAAAGAUGAAACAAUAGUUGUUAUCUUACUUGUUGUUACUCAAUUUCUUCCUAGACAGUCAUUAGGAUUACAAUAAAAUGUAAUUUCUAAAGGUAUGAUGUCGAUCAAAAAGUUCCAUACUGAAAGUCUUCUCUGGAAUCCCUUGAUGUGUUUUAACAAAAUAUCGAAAAAUGGUGAGCUGAUAUCGAGGGCCAAGAAAAGUUUUACAUCCGUCCUUGGUUAUUCUAGUCUAUCUAUAAAGACACAUGAAAAAAAGAAUUUUCAUAUGUGAUGUUUUUUCAUCUAUUGUAUAUCAACUUUGUAUUUCUAUAUUAAUUAAAUUUCUCGAAUGAAAAUAGUUCAGAACAGAGUCAAUCACGAAAUCAAUAAAAAUUGUGUGGUUUCUUCCAGAUCAAGCAAGAUGUACAUAAUACUAAGCUUGAAAAUUUUUUUUCCACGUUUCAUAAACGUGAUUAAUAAAAUGCACUUUUUUUUAUUUCGAUCUAACCACUAUUUGAGUGAAGUGCUUGUGUGAGUGUAGAUGAUCUUCGUAAGGAUAUUGACAACAACAAACUUACACUCACCUACAACCACAACCGACACUUACACCCUCAUAUCUAGUCUUGUGAGUCACUCCAAGUCAGUAUUAAUUCUGGUGAAUAAAAGUUCUAUUAAUGAGUUGAAUUUCAUGGUGACAUUUCCAGCUUGAUUGUUAUGUAAUUUUAUAAGGAUUUAGUUCUAUGAAUUAAAUCGAAUGAUGAACUAAUCUUAGUUAAUUUCAAAGAAAUAUUAAGAUAAUUUCUUUUCGGAUUUUCUCUUCCAGAGGAGUAAUUUACAAAUUCGAGAGAGCGAACAUCCAUUUUUGAGACCAUAGAUAUAUAUAGUAUGUGAUACAACAAUCACUAAGUUCUAGAGAAUCAACGCGCUUUUCCAACAAGCACGAUGCCCUCUACUGCUACAUUGUAAAAUAAAACACUAAGUUAAACAAGUAAUAGUCACUCAAAUGCCGCAACUCGCUUAUAAAUAAGUGUCUAGAAAGUGUAAAAACUCUUCCAUUUCAUAACAUAAUUUGGUUUUUUUGUUGAAUACAUUAUGGAUUGAAAUAAAUAUAUAUUUUAGUCAUGAUGAUUUUAAAGUGGCAUCGGACACGGUAAAAGCUGUUCUUUCACCUGAUUCUACUUAUGCAUGUGCUGGUGGCAAUGAUGGAACAGUAUUUAUUUGGAAUACAACAACAGGCAAAAUUGAAAAAGUUCUUAACAAAGAACAUUCCUCAAUUGUUAAUGCUGUUGCUUGGCAUCCUGAAGGGCGAUUAAUUGCUUCAUGCGAAAAACAAAGACGAGCAAUAUUAUGGGGAGAGUAA